CACGUGCGCGCAGCCGAACGGCCCCAGUAGUUGAGAAGCGACAGAACGCUGCACCAUCGCCACCGGACAUCAUGGAUGACCUUCCUCCAGAACAGAUACAAGUCCUGAAAAAGGCGUUCGACGCCUUCGACCACGAGAAGAAGGGCUACAUCACCAUAGACACGGUGCAGACCAUCCUGGACAUGCUGGGCAUCAAGCUGGACGCGGACACGCUGCAGGAGGUCGUCGACGAGCUGGACGCAGACGGCUUGGGCCAGCUGGGCUUCGACGAGUUCGUGAUCCUGGCGGCCAGGUUCCUGGUGGAGGAGGACGCGGAGGCGAUGCAAGAGGAGCUGCGGGAGGCCUUCCGCCUGUACGACAAGGAGGGUAACGGCUACAUCACGACCGGAGUGUUGAGGGAGAUCCUGCGAGAGCUGGAUGACAAGAUCACGCAGGAAGAGCUCGACAUGAUGAUCGAGGAAAUCGAUACGGACGGGUCCGGGACCGUUGAUUUCGAAGAGUUUAUGGAGGUGAUGACGGGAGAGUAAUUACACGAAACACAUUCCGGGCGGCGUCUGUGGUCGUCCUGCUCCAGGGUCUACGGUUACAACUGUAUGAAGCACUGCAGUACAUCCUACUACCAGGAAACACGAUAUAUUUAAUUUUUUUACUUUGUUAAUCAGCAGAACCAUAUAGUGUCUAUUCUUGUGCUGGUGACUUCAUUGUGUAACAGUUAUGAAAA